AUGGGCGGGUUCAAAGAUAUGCCCACCAUGGACGAUAUUCCCUCCCUCCACCUGCAAAUAGUCCAUCGCUGCGGGCAAGGCGAGACCCGUUGGUAUGACAGCCCCUUGUUGCAAACCGUCCGAUCCCCCGAGGCAACGCCAACGAAGUUUCGUCCGGCUUCUCGCGCCUCGGACCAGCCGACGAUACCGUCCCCCGACAUCUUCCGGUCCCUUACUGAUGAGCCACCAAAAUCCGCAACCGCCCUCCCAACGGCUGGCGAAUGUGCUGUCCACCUCGAGCUUCUGGAGGUAUUCCAUGCUCUUCGAACGCGCAUUAUUUCCACCAGGACACUAGACUGGGCUCUUGGAAUCAGACCGGCGACCAAGACUGUGUAUCGCCGAACCUGGGUGGGUCACCGAAAGUAUGAAAACAAGCCGACAACCGUCAAGGAUCCAACUUUUGAGGAACGUUCAAGGCGGAAGUGGCGCGUCUACCUAGAGAUUGCGGCCACGCGAUUUAUCGUCUGGUCGGAGAAGAUUGAAGCGUUGAUGCGCCAAGUCGGUGGCCCGCAUGCCGAAGCCAGGAUUCCUCAUUUACCUCCUCUAGAUAUUUUAAUUGUCUGGCAUUCCUUCCUGCUUAAUCCCGGCGACUACCAGCAAUUCUGUGGCCGGCAUGCUCUGCCUUAUCUUAAGCAUGCACCCUUUCCUUGGGUCCAGAUUCAUCGGGCGGUGGACUCGUCGCGAACUGAGUUCGAAUACAGCAUGCCCAAGCCCGCUGAAGAAUGGUUUACUGAAGCCACGGGGCUAGACGGCGACCUCUACGGUUGCAUCAGUUUCAUCGGCAACCACAAACCCGACAGUGUUGUGCAUAAGGCCCUGAAAUGGUAUUGUGGAGAUGCUGUCGGGGGUCUUCCCACCGUUUACCAGUGUCUGAGCAGUUACGACGUAGCAGCCGGCAAAGAACCUACCGAUCAUGCCUUCUUGCUCCUUCUGGUUGAGACCGAAAAACGGCGACACGAACUCCUGCCCCUCUGUCAAAACGUUGUGCGUCAGGGCGCGUUCGUCGAUAAGAUGCACGCUCAUCUGUGGAUCCGAAGCCCGGCGUUUGGCGGCACGCUAAGUCGUGCUGUGGAUAGAUACGACAACUUUACCCAACUAUUCAGGAUCAAGUCCGGCUCGAUCAUCGUCCCGACGCUCGACAUGGAUUUGGCCUGGCAUACCCACCAGCUAUCGCACAUUCGGUACAAGACCGCCAUGGAGCAGAUCGCGGGUAGAUUCAUCGACCACAACGACAAACUUGGCACGCAGAUCCUGAGCCAUGGGGAGGAGUUCACGCGCAAGGCGUACGAGAGUACAUUUGAUGAGGAGUACUCGAGGUGUCUUUGCUGGGACUGUGAGGCAAUGCUCUCGGCGGUCAUGCAGGAUGAUGAGAUUGCGACCAUCGAUGAGCGGUGGAUGAAGGAGACAGCAGAAAAGGUGAGGGAAGAUUUACAGUAUUACCGAUGUGUUGAGAUAGAGCGGCGGAGGCAAAAGGGGUCCGUGACGCGUCUGCCAGUUCGGCAGGAGGAGACGUACGCCGCAUCGGGGUCGAGGCCUUCGAAAUAUCUCACCUAG